GGCAGUCCAUUUAUAGAAACGUUUCUAUUUUUGGAAGAAAGUUCCAAAAAUGGAAACGCUAAAAACCAACUGUUCCAAUAAUGGAAACGCUCCGUUUCUAUUUUCGGAAACGCAAGGAGCACAUAAACCUGUUCGGUAGUUUCCGCAACAAACCAUAGAUUUCCGCAUCAAACAAAGGCCACCAAUCAAAAGACCGCAUUUCGCUUCAUAAUUCCAACGUUGAACAGAAAAAUCGGCUGUUGAACAGGCUUGCACGGUCCACUUCCUUUUGUAAACAAUAUAUUUUUUCAUGAUAGGUGAACUUUUAUGUGUCAUUAAUGAAAUAUACCUCAUUUUUUUGUGGAAAAAUUUGAUUUUCACAAGAAUGGCAAUUUUUUAAUUGACAGACUUGCUGUCUAAUAUUCACUAAUAUCCUACAUUGCUGUAAAGCAAGCCCUGAAUGGCGUGUUGGUGACCACGUGCGGAGAUCGUCUCUCCGGCUUUGGAAGGCGCAGGCUGGCGGAGUGAGCAGUAGCUGUGCUGUGUGCUGUUGCUGAAGUUCAGCUGGUGUGGCUGUGGUGUCACCAGAUGUUGUCUCGUCCCUCGCCAUCAGCAGGCUGGCACCAGACGCUACAGGGAGACUCUCAGAAUAUAAACUUAUUCCUUUUUAAAUGUGGAUUGUGUAUAUAGUGGAGCUAAAAGUAGGCCUGGAAUGAAGAAGGAAACGUUCAAGGAAACGUCUUAGACAGAAAAAUUAGAGGAAACAAAAUAACCAGAGCACACAAGAAAGGAAGACGCUAACGCUACCGAGACGAUUGAGCCACGGUCGUUCUCAGUCGGCUGCCUUUGUUGACCUCGGUCCGAUAGCCGGCCGCCGGGGCGGACGCCUGCACUCGCUCACACAGGGCGGGGCCGGCCGCCCGCCGGCGGCGAUGCCGCUGUUCGGCGCGCUGGGCGCGGCCACGGCGCUCCAGCCGGGCGUCAAGUCGACGCUGCUCUUCCUGUGGCACCUGGCGUGGCGGUGCCGCGUGCGGCUGCCCGUGCUGCUCACCGUGACGCUGCUGGUCAUGGACGCCAGGAUGCGCAUUGAGAUCAACAUGGACGUGGAGGAGAUAGACGAGCCUCCUCUGGCGGAGGAGCUGGGCGACGCCGAGCAGGAGGACGAGGAGGAGGACUCGCUGCUAGACGAGCUGACCGACUCGGACGACUCGGAGGACAUGUGGCCGCUCGACUCGGCGUCCGACGGCGACGAGCCCGUCCCGGAGGCCGCCGACGGCCGCUAGGGGCACACUGCCGCCCGGCAUCCGUACGGCCCGGCCGCACCGCCGCCAACACUAGCGACACCGGCAGUGAUCCGGAAAAAGGCGAUUGACCACGGAUAAAAGGUGAUGUGAUGCUCGUGAUGCAAGAUUACGAGAUCCUUUGGAACACAAACGUGAUGCCCUGUGCAAAUAAAGGUGUGACCUUUUUACACGUGUGAAAGCUGCCGGCCGAUGAGCAGCUGCACUCGCUGGCGGUGACCAGCUGUGGCGGGUGUGUCCGGGUGUCUGGAGGGUGUGUCCGGGUGUUUGGAGGGUGCGUCCGGGUGUUUGGAGGGACGCUACUCGGGUGACGGGACAGUGACGGCCGCCGCUGCCGGUCGUCCAGUGACGGCCUGACAGCGUCACCGUGACGGCACUGGGUGGCGCCACCCGCGCCGUCACUGUCUUUGAGCGGCCCCUCCCCAACAACCCCUCCCACGCUCCACGGAGCUAUCAUACUAUUGCGCAUCAACUAUUCGCUUUGUUAAUCAGUCUCAUGGACGCAAUAGUCGCCGUCCUACCUACUCGCCGCGUCCGACGAACCUGUCACGUGAAGAUCGGUCAGCCGGGCCGACUGACCCGCUCUGUGCUGUGCUGUCCCCUGCGCUGUUUCAGGGCGUCUGUUCAUUCUGUUGAGUUCGCCAGAGCCCAGAGUCAUGAAUUUCGCAGACUUUCCGAAUACAUUUUCAUCUCACAA